AUGGCUGCCGAGCAUAAAACCAAGUUGUCCAAGAACCUACUGUGCAUGAAGUUCAUGCAAAGGGGCCUGGAUUCAGAGACCAAGAAGCAACUAGAAGAGCAAGAAAAGAAGAUUAUUAGUGAAGAGCACUGGUAUUUGGAUUUGCCAGAGCUUAAGGAAAAAGAGAGUUUCAUAAUAGAAGAGCAGAUUUUCAUGUUGUGUGAAGAUCUUCUCCAUGGAAGGAUGUCAUUCAGAGGAUUUAAUCCUGAAGUUGAGAAAUUAAUGCUUCAGAUGAAUGCUAAGAACAAAGCAGAAGAAGAUGAAACAGUAGAAGAACUCAAUGUGUUAGAUGAAGAAAUGGCAAGAAGAUAUGAGACCUUGGUGGGGACAAUUGGGGAAAAGUUUGCCAAGAAGAGGGACCGUGCCAAGUAUGAGGAAGAUGAAAAUAGAAACAUAAAGCCCAUGAAAGUGAAGAAGAUGUUCUUAAAGCCCUAA